AUGGCAGGGGGGUUGCACUCGCUCGCCGAGGCCGUUGGCGACCCCGGCUAUGCAUCCUGUUCCAACGCGCCGGGCGUGCUGAUGGCCAAGCUGGUCGGCCUGGCCGCCGUCACCGCGUUCUUCGUGUGGGAGUUCCGGUCGUGGUACCGGCUGCGCAAGAUCCCCGGGCCAUUCCUCGCCUCUGUCUCGGUCUUGUGGCAGCUGAAGAAGGCCGUUGGGGGCACAUACCACGAGCACUUAAACGACAUCGCCAGGGAGUACGGCCCCCUCGCGCGCAUAGGGCCGAAUGAGCUCCUCUGUACAGACCCGGACUCGCUGCGCAGGAUGUCGGCCGUCCGCUCGCCGUACACAAAGGGCGACUUUUACGAUUCCGGCCGCAUCACCCCGGGCGUCGACAACAUCGUCUCGAUGCGGGACGAGAACGAGCAUAAAGCCAUGAGGGCCCGCAUGGCUCCGGCGUACACCAACAAAAAGACGGACGGCUUCGGCUUCGAGAGCGGCAUCAACCGCCAGCUCGCCAACUUCAUCCGCCUCAUCGACCAGCACUACGUCUCCACCGACUCCGAGUUCCGGCCGCUGGACCUCGCCGAGAAGACGCAGUUCUUCGCUCUCGACGCCAUCGGCGACGUCUCCUUUGGCGGCGCCUUUGGCUUCCUGGCCGAGGAUCGCGACCUGUUCCGCUACAUCGAGAUCAACGAGUCGUCUCUGCCCGUCAUGAACGUCGUCUCCGUGUUGCCCUGGCUCGGCCGCCUCGUCCACAAAUGGCCCUUCCGUUUGAUGCUGCCCAAAGAGGGCGACCAAGUCGGCUUUGGCCGCCUGAUGGGGUUUGCCAGGAACUACGCCGAGAUGAGGCUUCAGCCGGGCGCAAGCCCGCAAAAGGACAUGAUGCAGUCCUUUAUCAACCAGGGUCUCAGUCGUGACGAGCUCAUCCAGCUUGUUUACAUCCACAUGAUCGCCGGCACGAACUCGGCGGCGCAAGCGAUGCGCAUGACACUGCUCUGCCUCAUCAACAACCCCGUCGCCUACCGCCGGCUCCAGCAGGAAAUCGACGACGCAUCCGCAGCCGGCGCCAUCAGCUCCCCGAUCACCAACGCCGAGGCCCUCAAGCUCCCCUACCUCCAGGCCGUCAUCCGCGAGGGGCUGCGCUUCUACCCGCCCGUCACGGGCCUCGGCUUCAAGCAGGCGCCCGAGGGCGGUGACGUCCUCAACGGCUACUUCGUCCCCGGCGGCACGCAGAUCGGGCAGAAUUUCUUCGGCGUCGGCCGGUCACUGCGGGUCUGGGGCCCCGAUGCCGAUGUCUUCCGGCCUGAGCGGUGGCUCUCGGCUGGCGAGGAUGAGCUCCGGCAGAUGAACGCCGCACUCGACACGCAUUUCGGCCACGGCAAGUACUCGUGUCUCGGGAAGCCGAUCGCCAUGAUGGAACUCAACAAGGUCUUUGUGGAGCUGCUGCGAAGAUACGACUUCACUGUCAUGAACCCCGAGAAGCCCAUCAAGACUCUUAGCGCCAUCUUUUUCGUCGCCAGAGACUUUUGGGUCAGAUUGACGAGGAGACCGAAGAACCCAUAA